AUGGCUUCACGAGAGAAAUACCCAAAUCUAGUCAGCUAUUUGCAAAAUCUAUACAAUGACAAAGAAUCGUUUGCUCUAUGCUUUAGAACUGAACUGCCUGUUAGAGGGAACCACACCAACAAUUUUGCCGAGGCUCAGUUUUUGGUUCUUAAGGAUGUAAUUCUGCAGCGCACCAAAGAGUACAAUGUUGUUGGGCUUCUAGACAAGCUGACUAUUAAUCUAGAAGAUCACUACAAGAAUAAGCUCCUUAGUAUUGCUGAUGGGAGUUUUGAUGGCGUGUACAGACAUCGAUUCUUUGGGAAAGGGAAAGACGGAAGCACAGGGUUUCAAGUCCCAGAUAAAAAAGAUCUUGAUGCCUACAUCUCAUCUGUAGAGAACUUUGGCAAUAAUGUAUUCAAAGUUGGAAGCUCUUCAGAUAGCAGUCACAGGUCAGUAGUUGUUUUUUCUUCGCCGUCGCAAUAGCAUAACGCUCUGGUGGUACAAGAGGGCAUGUGUGGGUGUUCAUUAUUUUCCUAUCUUUCCCCCAUUGUCUGAUUCAAAUUAUCUUGAUAGGGGAAGCAGGGGGGGGAGGGGGCAGUGUUUCUAGGCUCCUCCCCUUUGGAGCAAAAAUACAUAAAACAUGGGGACAUAACAUGCAUAACAUAUGAGAUAAUUCCUGCAGUUCAUCCAUAUGCUGCAUUUCAGGGAUGUUGAUUUAGCAUGAGGAAGACCAAAACAUGACUAAUAUAUUGUCCAGGGGGUGGGGUACCUUUAGUAAUUUCCCUUCUUGGCAGGGUUAUUGAGUUUUUUAUAGCAGAGUAAGAGCAAGCCCUUACUCUGCUGUUAGGAAUAUUUCCAUUAAUAUCUUAGUGGAUCAACCAGUUGAAGGUCUAGAAUGUAUCUAUUACAGAUUGAAAAACAAAAAUUCCAGUUGUAUUGAGAUAUUUAUGAAGUGUCUCAUUGGUUCUUUGUCAGUUAUACAGUGGACAUGACUCUUGGGAUAUGUAGCUGCACGGUUAGUAAAGACGGGAGCCCAUGCAAACACCAGUAUGUCCUGUGGGUGGCAAAUCUAGCAGACUGCAUAAACUUCAUUCCAGUCAGUAAUCCACAUGAGAGGCAGAAAUUGGCCUGGCUAGCAAUAGGAAAGACACUUCCUGUUGCUUGUUAUAAGCCAUUACGCUCUAGUGAUGCUGGACAAACAUCACAAACUGAUAGUUCUAAUGGUUUUGUAACAGAGGCAUCCACUAGUAUGGAAACGGCACAACAACGGCCAAACUGCUGCACUGCUGAACCAAUACAGAGCAAUGAUGAUGAUGAGGAUGAUUCCAUUGCAAAUGCUGAACAAUUGUUGAGAAACUCUUGUGAACAAAUAAUUCAAAAGCUCCAAAGCUCAAGAGACCUUAAUUUGGCUAAAGGUGUAAUCAGGUUCGCAAAAAGGGUAACAUCCUUAACCGCUGCUAGAUCUAUGCAUUCUAAUUUGGCAAGCGCUCUUUUUACUUUUGGGUCCAGUGAGGUGAAAAAAACCGGAAAUGGAAAAAAGAUCCGAGUCCAGCCCAACAGAAAACGAAAGUGUGGUAGUGGAAGCCGUCAGAUUGUAUCAAAAGGGCGACCAGUACAACUUCAACAACCCACCUCCAAGAGGAAGCGCAGCCAUGACUUGGCUAAAGCAAUACAAACAAACACUAAAAGUAGUAAGAAGUCUGUGUCCCAUACUAUGAAAUCCAAGACAAAGCACACGCAAAGGAAAAAAUAG